AUGAUUGAAUAAAUUGUGAAGUUGUGUUUGUAGAAUUUACUUGAUUAUUCAGAUGAAAGGAGAGAGAUGAUCUUGGAACUUGAAUGCUCUGCUAAGUUGUAGCGAUCGAGAGACUGUUAAGGUGAAACCAGAAGAUGUUCAUUUUAUAUAAAAAAUUUACUUGAUGUUAGUAGUGACAGAAUAUAGGAGUUGAAGACUUUGUUAAUGAAUGCAUUGCAGUAUUCGUUCUAAUGGAUAUCAGAUUAGCAAUAUGCUAAUUUGGCUUAGGAUAUUUUAUAGUUAUUCGAUAAACACAACAUUGAUUUUGAGAUGUCAGAUAUAAACAAUUUUGUGUAAUAUCCAAAAAUAUGUUCAUUAUUAAUACUGAUAGCUGCAAGACAUAGGAGAUAUAUAGAUUGUUCUUUCUUGCUUACGAAAUUAAAUGAAAUAGAUCAUAUUGAUUUAAGGUUGGUGAUAAAUUCUAUGUUAUAUAUGGAUUUAAAGGAGGAAUAAAUAGUGAGAUAGAUGAUGUAGAUUUGUUUGGAGAAUGAUUAUUUCAAGGAGAUACAGAUACUGUUGUUGAAUCCAAAUCCUCAUAAGUAGAUAUUUGAAUUGGCCUUCAAAAUAUUCUCAUAAAGCAACCAUUAAUGUUGGAUGCAGUCAGUAGUUUACAUGCAAACCAACUAUUAGUGUGAUAGAGAGAGGAUUAAGAAGUAGAUCACGUAAUUUGAUAAAUUGAAUUAAGGAUUAAUUUAAUUAAUAAAUUCCAUCAUUGAUUAAUAAUUAGGAAAUCAAUUGGUUAAGAUAUUGGAUAAAUUGGAGGUUAAUGAAUACUAUUUUGAUUUGUUGACAAUAUUGUUAUUGAAUGAUAUACAGGAGGGGAUUGAUUAUAGAGAGUAAUUAAAGAAAAUUCCAGAUGAUUAUUUUGAUAAGGAAAAUGAUUACACUUAGGAUUCAUUGUUUUUAUUCGUAGAAACAUUGUUAGCUUUGAAUAUAGUGGAUUAGAAAGAAUUGGUCAUUUAAAAAUGA